AUGGCAAACUCCUAUUUGCGCUAUCAUUUGUCCAGGCCGUAUCCUUUCCAAUGGUUCACACCCGUAGCCCUGAUUAGCCUCGCCAUAUUUGCGACCAUCUUUUCUCUUCUCAACUUUGCGGCCAAUGGCUAUGUCCUAGCAGUUCACUACACAGAUAACCCCAAUGCAACGCUCACCAGCGAGAAAUUCCUCACGCAGUGGCCUUUGAACUUUAUGGGCAAGGUUUCUGGGUCCUGCGAAGCCCGGGAUAUCCUCGUCGGCACAAAGUUCUUCACCAACAAACUUAGCCUGCCUUACCGUCUUGAUAGUGUGGUGCGCUCAGAAGCAGCGUCAAAUGGUCAUGCAGAUGGCGUAGUACCUUCGCUCAGCUACCUCAAAAAUACUCUGGAAGACUGCUCAGUAUACAAUAUGCAGAUUGAACUUCUGGCUGAGGACCGGACUGCUGCUCAAUUUGGAUAUGCUUCAGCCAGUUGCUUUGUGCUAACAUCAUCUGGACGAAUGAUGCUCAAUCUGAGUACCGAGUACGACUUGAUUCCUCCUACCAUUGAGAAUGGACAGCAGACAACCUUCUUGCAACGAGAUGCAAAGAAUCGGGCAAGUCUCUGGUGGGGAGAGUCACUCCUCUCCAUGUACUGGAUUACUUUGGCAGAUGCAAUGCAGCAGCAGCGGGGCACGGGAUCCAUUGAAAACGGAGCUUUGAUUCGUAAAGGGUCCAUCAAUCUCUCCCCCCGACUUGACGUCGACUUUUCUACCAUGAACUUCUUCGACGUGCGCUACCAUUUCAUCGAGCAGACCGAUGGAUCGAACGUCAGAAUAUACGUCAACGAACAAGACGACACUCUGCAAAAGAUCACGGAUGGAUACGAUACACGCUCAGUCAAACUCAACAUCUGGAAUGACGUCGAUCGGUACGGGAAAUCCUUCUACUCGACAGUGUUAGCCGACUUGGGGCAGCAAAAUAGCCCCAACAUUCUCAGUCCUAGCAGUAAAGACGUCCUAGGAGAGUACACGGCCAGCUUGGAUAACUUCCCCAUUGGUUCUAAUGCUGUCCUGGGCCCGGCCACAUCCAGCUACAAUGGAAUGUCGAUCCAGGCCAACGCUGGGUCCCUUGAGAUUACGCCGUCAACCAUACAUUCCCAAUAUCUCUGCCAGAUCCCUGAGCGGAAACCGUGGCCGCACUUGAUCGUCGCUAUCAUACUUGCUGAUCUUGUCUUCUUGAGGGUAGUGUGGACUCUGAUGAAUCUUCUGGCCACUUGGUGGGUCGUGAAGCAUGAUCAACAUGCCAUGUUUUGUCCAGGCGAAUUCCAUAGAUACCGCGGUCCGGUGGACGAAGAGGCUGAGAUAAUACAAUUUCAGAGUGCAGGCGUGGAGACAAAGGGCAUGAAUGGGGUCGAAGUUAGAGGUGAUAAUGAGGGGUACACGCCAGUACAAGGUGGACAUGGAAGAUCAGCCAUUCUAAGCUGA